AUGGCUCCCAGCAAAACUCAUAUCACCGUUGCAGGCACUCUUGGUAUAACAUUAUCAGCCAUAUUCGUUGGUGCCAAUCUAGGGAUCUCGUAUAUCUCUAUACCCACCUUGCUGCUCCCUCCUCCACCAUCGCCGCUGCCCGCUCCGGCUAACGCUGAUAAUGCGGCCUCUCCUACUGCCAUCUCAUCAGAAAAGCCAGCAACAAAGUCUCCACAGCUUGCUCGUCAAUGGCAGCAUAUUUACGACAUCGGCAAGAAAGCAGGUCCAGCGGCUGCCCUAUUCGCAAGUACAUCCUUCCUGUACGCCUUCAGAAACUUGCCUGAAGCAGCAACUCGUCAGAGACGACUUUUCCUGGCCGCCGCUGUGCUGUGCUUGAGCAUUGUGCCGUUCACGUUCGGGGCUAUGAAACGGACGAACGAUGAGUUAGGUCGGAGAGCGAGAGCUGCAUUGCAGGGAGACGAAGAUGUCGCCAAUUCGGACGCCGCACAGGGCACCAUUGAGAGCUACCAGACGCAUGAUCUUCUCAACUGGUGGGCAACGCUAAACACAUUGUGA